AUGUCAAUUAAUAAUCUAAACUACCUGCCCACAGACGUGCCUCCCGCAGACCUGCCUCCCACAGACCUGCCUCCCGCAGACCUGCCUCCCACAGACCUGCCUCCCACAGACGUGCCUCCCCCAGACGUGCCUCCCCCAAACGUGUCUCCCACAGACCUGCCUCCCACAAACCUGUCUCCCACAGACCUGCCUCCCGCAGACCUGCCUCCCACAGACCUGCCUCCCGCAGACCUGCCUCCCGCAGACCUGCCUCCCGCAGACCUGCCUCCCGCAGACCUGCCUCCCGCAGACCUGCCUCCCGCAGACCUGCCUCCCACAGACCUGCCUCCCACAGACCUGCCUCCCGCAGACCUGCCUCCCGCAGACCUGCCUCCCGCAGACCUGCCUCCCGCAGACCUGCCUCCCACAGACCUGCCUCCCGCAGACGUGCCUCCCACAGACCUGCCUCCCACAGACCUGCCUCCCACAGACGUGCCUCCCACAAACGUGUCUCCCACAGACCUGCCUCCCACAGACCUGCCUCCCACAGACCUGCCUCCCACAGACCUGCCUCCCGCAGACCUGCCUCCUGCAGACCUGCCUCCCGCAGACCUGCCUCCCACAGACCUGCCUCCCACAAACGUGUCUCCCACAGACGUGCCUCCCACAAACGUGUCUCCCACAGACGUGCCUCCCACAGACCUGCCUCCCACAGACCUGCCUCCCGCAGACCUGCCUCCCGCAGACCUGCCUCCCACAAACGUGUCUCCCACAGACGUGCCUCCCACAAACGUGUCUCCCACAGGCCUGCCUCCCACAGAUCGACCUCACCUAGACAUGUCUUCAGUUGAGCUUUUCCUUUUUAGUGACCAUGGCCUGUGUCAACAUAACAAAGCAUCCAGGACACUCUGGAAGAGUUAA